CUAAACUUAAAAAUUGAAACUUUAUGACAAUUUCUUUAGGGUUAUUGUUCAACAAGUCUGUAGUUUCAUAAUUUCUCAAAUUUAGUGUUUUUGCUAUUCUAAAUCAUUCUUAUUUUUAUCAAUGAGUUAGGGCUUUUUUGUAAUCUAAAUUGACUCUUCCUGUGUGACUAAUUGUGAAUGUGACUAAAUUUCAGGAAUGGGUGAUUUUACAUAUAUAACCCUGAGAUAUUUUCAUGGUGGUGGUUUGAAUAGUAAAAGUAAAAAUCAGAUUAUCAGGGUGGUGAAGUCACAGAUAUUUUUUAUGUGGAUGUGGAUAAAUUAUCUUAUUUUGAGCUAACUGACUUUUUAAAAGAGUUAGGGUAUGUUACAACAAGGUGCACUUUUUAUCUAAGGCCACCUAAAAAGGACUUUCUGUUAUCUUUUCAAUGUGAUGAGGAUAUUUUUUAACUUUCACAAUCCUUUGAAAAUGGGGAUAUUGUUGAGUUGUACGUUUGUCACAUGAUUGAUCAACUUGAUCUAUUUGAUGGUCCCCAUUGGCUUGCUGAAAUACACUACUACCAAUGAGGAAUCUUUUGUUAUUUUUAAUAAAGAAGGUGACAAGGGGGUCCAUGAAGGGGAUAGAGUUAUUGAAAAAGGGGUUGAGGGUGGUCAUUUUAGUGAAGCACUAACUACUGCAGCAUAUGUUAAGCUUGAAAAUGAGGCUGCACCUGGUGAGGCCUCAUCUGCUGGUUUUGUUAUAGCUAGUGGUGAGGUUGCAGUUGGCGGUGAAGCUGCAGCUACUGCUGAGGCUGCACCUGGUGGGGCCUCAUCUACUGGUGUUGUUGCAGCUGGUGGUGAGGUUGCAGCUGGUGGUGAAGUUGCAGCUGGUGGUGAAGUUGCAAAUACUUAUGUUUCUGACCUCUCAACUGAAAACAACUCAGAUUCAGACCAUGAAGAUUUAUUUGUUGAAGAUGAUGCUAAAUUUGAAAGUGAUGUGCAUGAGGAGGACAUAAACUUGAGGGCUGGAAGGAGGAAAUACCAGAGGAGGAAGAAAAGAGAAAGAAUACCUAAUGACCCUACAAAAGUUCUUGUUGGUGAAAUUGGUCCAGAUUUGGGAUUUGAAGAGACAGAAGGUGUUGAUAAAAGUUUAAAAGGUAAAGUUGUUGGGGAUAAGCCUGUGUAUUUUAGUUCUGAUGAAUAUAGUGUGGACUCUGAUUUAGAAGAUGGGUUAGGAAGGACAGAUAGUAGAAAGGUAGUGUAUGAUGAUUCUGCAAAACAGGUUGUGUGGCAAUUGGGCAUGGUUUUUGAGGAUGUGAAUGAGUUUAGAGAUGCUGUUAAAAAAUAUGCACUUCAAAGAAGUGUUAAGUUAGAAAAGUAUAUUAAUGAGUCUAAAAAGGUUAGGGUUAGAUGUAGGGAAGGGUGUCCUUGGCUGUUGUAUGCAAGUAUUAACAAGUCUACCAAUGAUUUUCAAAUUAAAACCUACAAUCAUAAGCAUAGGUAUAUCAAAACCUCUAGAAAUUCCAUGUGUAAUGCAAAAUUCCUGCACAAGCAUUUCAAAGAUAGAAUCAGUGAGCAGCCAAACAUAAAAAUAUUUCAGUUCCAACAGUUGAUUAGAAAAGAAUUGGGUAUACAUGUUGGAAAGAGUAUUGCCAGGAGAGCUAAAGGUAAAAUACUUCAAGAUUUAAUGGGUAAUCAUGUGAAAGAGUUUGGAAGAAUAUUUGACUAUAGGGAUGAAAUGUUAAGGUCCAAUCCGGGCACCACUUGUGUUGUGAAAGUUGAUGAUUCUGAUGAUAGUGGUAAACUUAUUUUUCAAAGUUUCUACAUUUGUUUUGAUGCAUGCAAAAAAGCUUUUUUGGAUGGUUGUAGAAGAUGUAUUGGUUUAGAUGGAUGUUUUUUGAAGGGAGUAACCAAAGGACAGUUGUUGGUUGUUGUGGCUAAAAAUGGCAAUAAACAAAUAUUUUCUAUUGCUUGGGCUGUAGUACAGUAUGAGAAUAAGAACACUUGGAUAUGGUUUGUGAAAUUGUUGAUAGUGGAUUUGGGAUUAACAGAUGACAGAGAUUACACAAUCAUUUCAGAUAUGCAAAAGGGUCUUAGAGCAACAUGAUGGAGCUUUUACCAGAGGUGGAGCAUAGGAUGUGUGCAAGACACAUCCUUGCCAAUUGGG